AUGACCUAUGAAACUCUUUAUCUUCGUCCACAUCAGGUUAUGGCCUUUUGCAUGCGACCAUCAAAUGAGUCUAAUGACGAGCUAUUAUCGGAAAAUCAACCAUUAUUAUCUAAUGACAGUCAAGCUAUAACCUUCGGUGAAUUAUUUCAGAAUGGUGUGAAUAGUCAACAAUUAUUAGCAUGGUCAACAUCAAUCGAUCUUGUUGAACACUAUCAAAUUUAUUUUGAAUAA